UACAAAAGUUCCGAUAUUAUAUAUCAGGAAAUUUGUGUAGCACUGUUUUAUAAUUUGUCUCCCUGCUCCAUUAUGCCAAAACUUGGGAGAUCCGGGGGCAGGACCCUGCUUCCCCUGUUGUUGUUUAUCUUCUCUUUAUCCACACAAAAUGUUAGUACUGCUACAACCACCGGCACUUAUUCCAAUCUCCAUUUUAAAGAAGCGCCGCAGUUCUACAACUCCCCUAGUUGUUCUUCCAUUAAUUCUUCAGUGAAUGUCGCUAUGACCCUUGAUAUAGCUUAUCUCCGGGGAUCUAUGGCGGCUAUUCUAUCGGUACUUCAACAUUCUUCUUGCCCAGAAAAUAUUGUCUUUCACUUUGUCGCUUCUUCCCCUGCUGAAUCCACAUAUUUGAACCUUACUAUUACGAAUUCAUUCCCUUAUCUUCAUUUCACUAUUUAUCCAAUCCAAGAUAUUGCAGCUGUGGCAGGACUAAUUUCGACUUCAAUUCGCUCUGCUUUAGACUGUCCUUUAAAUUACGCUCGCAAUUAUCUUGCUGAUCUACUCCCUCAACGCCUUCAAAAGGUUGUUUAUCUCGAUUCGGACCUUGUUCUAGUAGACGACAUUGCCAAAUUAGCAGCAACGCCUCUAACAGGGGACUCUGUUUUAGCAGCGCCUGAAUACUGCAAUGCUAAUUUCACUACUUACUUCACGCCCACUUUUUGGUCUAAUCCUUCUCUUUCCUUAACGUUCGCAAACCGAAAUCGAAAGCCUUGUUAUUUUAAUACUGGGGUUAUGGUAAUUGAUCUAGAGAGAUGGAGAGCAGGGGAUUAUACUACUAAGAUUGUGGAGUGGAUGGAGUUGCAAAAGAGAAUGAGGAUUUAUGAAUUGGGUUCUUUACCCCCUUUUCUGCUUGUUUUUGCUGGAAAUAUAGCUCCGGUGGAUCACAGCUGGAACCAACAUGGUCUUGGUGGAGAUAAUUUUCGUGGACUCUGCCGGGAUUUGCACCCUGGUCCGGUUAGUCUUUUGCAUUGGAGCGGAAAGGGGAAACCUUGGGCUCGACUCGACGCGAACCGCCCUUGUCCGUUAGAUGGCCUAUGGUCACCUUAUGACCUGCGACAAACACCUUAUACUCUUGAAUCGUAAGGAAAAAUAGGGAAGGAGAAGUGUCGGCAGAGGGAGUAUCUCUAUAAUUUGUUUGUGUGUUGGCGGGACAGAUUUGAAACAAACAAAACCACAUCGCUGAAAUAUGCAACAGCUUCUAGAAAAGUCAUCCCGCGUUUUACGCAUUCCAUAAAUAAAUCCUUUCUUGAUUUAUCAGCGGACCAGGGGGUACAGCCUACUUACUACUACGCCAGUUUCUUUUUAAAAAUGCUACUUUGAAAAAUAAAAUGGUUGUGUAUAGAAAAAAGUUGUAUUGUAAAAUAAAUUUCUUGAUUGUUUAGUCAAAAGCUCUAAUUAUAUGCCCUCUUACAAGUCAAAUUAGUUUAUGUUUACUUUGAAGAACAUGCUUUAAUUGAGGAAGUGUAUAGAAGAUCUUGUCGGUAACUACCUACGUAGAGCAACUUAUUAACCCACAAUUUAUGCCCCUGAAUGCGCAAAUGGAUGCUAAGAUAUUUUGAAGCCCAACAUAAAGUCAUGUCCAUAUUGAUGGUAACGCAUUAUUUCAAUAACUCGUCUUAUUAAAUCAUCAAAGAUUGUACAAAUACUUGAGAUUGACGUCAUUAUAUAACUAAAUGGAUAAAAGGGUGCAAUUUAGCAUCAAAGAGUGUGAUGGAAUGAAUGAAAUUUCUUGUCCCUUAAUGUCUUGAGUUUGCGUAAUUGAAAGAUAGAAUGAAUGAAAUUUCUUAUCCCUUAAUGUUUUGAGUUUGAGUAAUUGAAAUGGAAAACCUCCCGGUGAAAAAAAAAUUGAUUCGUGCAUGGUCGCUGCUGUCACAGCACCAUAUUCAUCCAAUCAUGUGGCUUGCGUAAAUGCAGUACAUUGUUAAAUGCAGAUAAGAACAAGUCAUGCUGCUUUCAACGUUGGUUUUUGCACUCGGCGUUUUUGUGGAGACAUUCUUGAAUGGCAGCUUUCAGUUAGCCAAUAACUUUGUCAAAAGGACUCCAGGAGCCAAUUAAAGAGACUCAAACCAAUAACUUCAAUUCGUCCUAAGGAGCCAAAAACAGAUGACAAACAUUAAUUGGGAAAAGGAAUAAACUAACUUCUGAAUUUGUUCGAAAAGUUAGUUAUACAUUUAAACUAUCAUGACGAUUUGUUACACACUUUUAUCAUUCAAAAGUGAAUUUAUUAUUGCUGAAACUGAUGUGGCAAAGGAAUAAAAAAAUGCGUUUGGUAAAAAAUAAAGUAAAAACAAUAAAUCAAAAUCCUCUUUCAACCACCACCCUAUCCUCAACUCCACCCACGUCUCCUCCUCCUCCUCUUCUUCACACUCUAUCUGCGUCUUUUUCUUCUUCAUUCUAUUUAUUUUUUCAUCAUCUUCCAUCCCUGAUUUCCACCUACCCCACCCCCACAUCCACUCUCCCCCUCGCCAAAUUAUAUCCUAUUUUA